ACUCGGUAACACACCCAGGCCGCCCCGGUGUGUUGUUGUGGCUGGUAGCUGAUCGGUGCUGCUCCGUUAUGGCGAUGCACGCGAAAUCCGCACCGCCGCAGAUCCCCGACACCCGGCGGGAGCUGUCGGAGCUGGUGAAGAGGAAGCAGGAGCUCGCGGAGACGCUGGUGAACCUGGAGAGACAGAUCUAUGCUUUUGAAGGGAGUUAUUUAGAAGACACACAGAUGUACGGAAACAUCAUAAGAGGAUGGGACCGAUACCUUACUAACCAGAAAAACUCCAACAGCAAAACUGACAGGAGGAACCGAAAGUUUAAGGAAGCAGAACGUCUUUUCAGCAAGUCCUCUGUAACAUCAGUGGCUGCUGUUUGUGCUCUUGGUGGCGUCCCGGAUCACAUGAAUGAGAAACGCGAGGCGGGCAGCGGCACAGAGAGCGACACCUCGCCGGACCUCCAGAACCAGGAGAACGAGCCGGGUCAGGAGGAGGCGGAGGAGGCGGACGGAGCUCUGCAGGACCUGAAGCCUCAGAAAGCAGCUUCCUCCUCCAGCUCCACCAACACCGGCCACCACAGCAGCCACAAGAAACGCAAGAACAAGAACCGGCACAGCCCCUCCGCCAUGUUUGAUUAUGACUUCGAAUUUGAUAUGAAGAUGAACAAGAAGCCCAGAGCGGAUUAUUCUGCUUGAUUGAGGAGAUGUAGAGGAGCGGCGUGAGAUUAACCCGGACUGUCUGGCUGCUCUCCUGUCCUCACAGCCAGAGACGACGACAGCGGUGUACCCAAUCCAGUACAAGCAUGAGAAACACCUCCAUACUUCUUCUCCUGCCUCCUCUCAUCCUUCACCACAUCCCUCUGUUCUCUCAGUGAUAGUGAUCCAUAAUAAUCCACUUCACCACCCGGCUGCUGUUCCUAUCCUUCUGUUUAGAGAAAAACCUUUAUUUUCUCAUUCAUCCACAGAUACAAUCUUCUCUCUGCAUGUUCUCUCUCUCUCUCUCUCUCUCUCUGAGGUCUGAAAACACGCCUCAGUGAUCGAUGCAUGUCCAUCAUGUCAGACUGUCCUCUGUAUUUAUGACUCUGCGUUCCAGAACGUUCUACUGCUCUCCAGCUGAAACUGAUUUCUUUUUGGAAAUUCUCACCUUUUUGUUAAAAGUAGUUUAAUGUGAAAAAGAAACUAGUCUUGUGAUUUAUCAUGGUUGUUUUUUACUGUGCAUAUUUGUUGUUUUGAAUAAAAAUGUGAAGAAAUA